AUGAGUGUGGCACUGAUCUGUGCUCUGUACGAUUGCUGCAGUAGGAGUUUGGUCUGUGCUAUCUUAUUUGGGGGGCCUAAUAUGAGCUUCACCUCUUCAUCUGUGGGUUCUGGUGGUAGAACUGUUAGAAGGGUAUUUGAGUUUGGAAGAACCUAUGUAGUCAGACCUAAAGGCAAACACCAGGCCACUGUAGUUUGGCUACAUGGUCUUGGCGAUAAUGGUUCAAGCUGGUCCCAGCUCUUGGAGACCCUCCCUCUUCCAAAUAUUAAAUGGAUUUGUCCAACCGCUCCUACUCAACCAAUUAAAGUGUUUGGUGGCUUUCCUUCCACUGCUUGGUUUGAUGUUGGAGAACUUUCAGAAGAUGCUCCAGAUGAUAUAGAAGGUUUGGAUGCUUCUGCAGCGCAUGUUGCAAAUUUGCUAUCAACAGAGCCUGAUGACAUUAAACUUGGAGUUGGAGGGUUUAGUAUGGGUGCAGCUACUGCCCUAUACUCUGCUACUUGCUUUACUCUAAGAAAAUACGGGAAUGGUAAUCCAUACCCAUGCAAUCUGAGUGCAGUUGUCGGACUAAGUGGAUGGCUUCCAUGUUCCAAGACCUUGAGUAAGAAGUUAGAAGAAGUAGAUGAUGCUGCGAGGCGUGCUGCCUCCUUGCCGCUUCUGUUAUGCCAUGGAAAAGGUGAUGAUGUGGUUCCUUAUAAGUUUGGUGAGAAAUCUUCACAGGCUUUGAGUUCAACUGGCUAUCAGAAUGUGACUUUCAAAGCCUACAAUGGGCUUGGUCAUUAUACAGUUCCUGAAGAGAUGGAUGAAGUUUGUGCUUGGCUUUCGUCAAAAUUGGGGCUUGAGGGGACUUCUUCAUAG